AAAUUAGAUUUAACUUAUCCACAAUACUUUGACAUGGGUUCUUUAUAAACUUGAGUCCAACUUGAAGGCGGUGGCAAGCUGCGUGGCAUGGAUGUUUGGGGGGGGAGUUCUCUGUGUGAGCCUGCGCACAAACAGAGCACGGAGGCACAGAACGAGACGUGAAACCUAUCAUCUCAUUUGUGCCGAUUCCAGCGGAUUUUUCAGCUACUGUAGUAAAUCUGGUCCAUAUUCAGUUUGUGGGUAAUCUAUUAUUUUCUUUCUCAACUGCUAAAAGUUUGACUUAAGGGGCCAGGACGUUUGUUUAAGUCAUACAUGCAAACCCUCCCGAUUUCAGUGCCACUCCCUUAAAUCUGUCGGAGUCACCAUUCUCCCGAAUUUUUCCUGAUUUUCCACCCGGACGGCCCAGCCAAUUCCAGUUUGCAACAAUGGCGGCAGCUACUUAAUUUUAAUAUUACUCUUAUUACUCUUUCUGGGUCGCAAAAUAAACCUUUAACAUAUUUUCAGGUGAGAAUGUAACUGUGUAAACUUCAAAUAUCUGAGCCGAGGAGAACAGCAAACUCCUGGCACAUCGUUUUCAAACCUCCCGCGGUCUUUCGCUACUCAGGUUAAACAUCUUAUGCAAGUCACUUAGAUAACUUAAAAAUGUUGUUUAUAAUGCAGUUUAGCGAUAGUUUUCUGGUAUUUCUGAUAUUUUGCAUUGGGGGGCUCUUCAACUGGCAGGGAGGUUUUUUCAUCCUUGCAGGAGUUCAGUCUGCAGGUGGGGGAGAGAUGUAGGAGAGGUGGAGAAUGGACUUAACCUGGGUGUCUGUUGUCUUGUGUAGCCUGGGAGAUGAUUGAAUGAUGUUGUCCAGUCUGUAACAACUGAAAAUAAAAUAAAUAAUAACAACAAAGGUCGAUCAAAUGGACCAAUACGGCAAGGCUGUGAUGAUCCCCUUGGUAAAGUAAAUCUGUUGGGUAUCUUUGUUGGCCUUCAGACAUCAAUUCUGACAGCUAAAGAACCAAUCGGGACAGGCAAAAAAAAAAAAAAGAAUCAGGCAAAGGGCUAACUAUACUAUGGAAAUGGGAUGGGAAUUGUUCCAAAGUAGGGGAUCUUCUGGAAUACACAUUAGCCUCACAUACACAUACACAUGAGUCUCAUUAGAAUACUGCUCUGCUCUCAAGGUCACAACCUUGUGUGGGUCACUUCUGUUCCAGUUGUAUAUCAAAGCUUGAUCAUUUUGUCUGCAUUUGCUACCUCAUGACCCGACCCUUUGAAGUUUUCUCAGUCACUGCUGUGGCUUUCGUGUCAUGCCAUAAACAGAACACCCUGCUUUCAGCACAACUUACAACACCUCCUCCCUGAAAGCAGAGGAUGCUACUUCCUCUGGUUUUGGUAACUUAAACACAGAUAACCAAAAUCUAUCGUCAGAGUCGGACAGCAGCAGAAGAAAUGAGACAGACAACUUUCCUUCAAGCGUUUGACACAAAGAUGGAAAAUAUGACUGAAUAUGAAGAUUACCUUGACUAUGGCGAAUACACAGAAGCUGUACAAUGCACCAGGGACAAUGACAACAAACUGGGAGCGCUGCUGUCCAUCCUUUACUACUUCAUGUUUACCUUCAGUGUCAUUUGCAACGGGAUAGUCCUCCUCAUCAUCCGUCGGUUUGAUCAGCUGACCACUGUGACCAACAUCUUGCUGCUGAACCUUGUGAUGUCCUCCCUGAUCUUCAUGAUCAGCCUUCCUUUCAUGGCAGUCUACAUGCAGCUCUCUAACUGGAUCUUUGGCGAAGUUAUGUGCAAGAUUGUUAGUACUGUCUACUAUCUGGGUUUUUACAGCUCGGUACUCUUUCUAGCCCUUCUGACCUUUGAUCGAUACCUUGCAAUUCAGCACCCGUUGAAUGACUCACAAGUAAGAAAUCGAAAGUAUGCAGGAAUCUCCUGCAGUGUUGUGUGGCUAGUCAGUGGGUUAGCAUGUAUCAGACCAAUGAUUAUCUAUAGUAGUUUCUUUUCUAGUCUUGAUAACAAAACUUUUUGUGAGGAGUACCCUCGAAACCUUACCUAUGUCGAUAUGGACCAGCUGAGAAAAUCUGGGUUUUACCUUCAGCUUACUGUUUUCUUUAUUUUCCCACUGGUUGUUAUUGUCUACUGCUACAGUAGGAUUGCAAUCACUGUUAUGUCAUUCAGGAUUGCAGGCAAAUUCAAGACAGUCAGGCUCAUCUUCAUCAUUGUGCUGUUGUUUUUCAUGUGCUGGACUCCUUUCAACGUUGUACACUUGAUGCACAUAAACAAUGAAGCUGUGUGUAGUUGUGAGGACGAACAGAAACUGGGUUAUGCACUUCAAAUUACUCGCACCAUUGCCUACUUUUACUUUUGUAUCAGUCCUGUAUUCUAUACUUUUGUUGGGAAGAAAUUCCAGAACCACUUCAGGCAUCUGCUGGUGAAACACUUCCCAAAAUUAAAGAGGCAUUUGUCUGUUAGUCAAAACAGCAGAAGCUACAUGUACACAAAAACUACACCAAAUGAUUAUAGGGAUAUUUAGCAAACCAGCUUACGACCAUACCAGUACUUGGAUGGGAGACCGCCUGGGAAUACUAGGUGUUGUAAGCCCGUGCAGCAUGGUGGCACGGUGGUUAGCACUGUUGCUGCACAGCAAGAAGGUCCUGAGUUCAAUUCCACCAUCAGGCCAGGACCCUUCUGUGUGGAGUUUGCAUGUUCUCCCUGUGUUUGCGUGGGUUCUCCCUGGGUACUCCUGCCUUCACCCACAGUCCAAAGACAUGCAGUUAGUGGGGACAGGUUAAUUGGAAACACUAAAUUGCCCAUAGCUGUGAAUGCGAAUGCGAUUGGUUGUCUCCUGUCUCUGUGUUAGCCCUGCGUAACUUCUAUAUCUUGAUUAUUUGAGCCAAAGUCCUUAAACCAAAAAUCUAAUUGCAGAAAUUUUUGAAAUUUCAGUUCAUGUAGCUCCUGCUAUCAACCACAAACCUAGUUUGCCAUUAAAUGAUUUGUCCCUAAAGGAAAAUAAUCCCUUUGUUCUCUGUAUAUUCUGUACAUAGACUUAUAAAAAAUGGUAUAUAAGCUUUAAAAGAUUUAUUUUUAUUUUAUUCUGAUCAUGGCUGCCCUCUUAUGGUCAGAGUUCAGCUCCAUCACUGAUGAAGCUGAGAAACUAGGAGAGCAAUAAAUACUGAAUUUAUAUUUAAGAGCAACAUAUUUACAGAUCUAAACUUUGCAAGAGUGCAUUCAGAAAGUAAAAUUUAAGUAGGAAUGAACUUAUGAACACAUAGAAUAAGAGGUAAUCCAAAUAUCUGUUACAUUUUUAAAAAGUAAUCUAUAGAUAUUGUAUUGCAUAUUAUUCACUUCUUCAUUUUCUAUCAAA